AUGGGAAAUCAGACAAUUUGGAAGGAAUUCCUCCUCGCUGGACUCUCUGACCUUCCUGAUCUUCAGCUCCCUCUCUUCCUCUUCUUCCUUCUCAUCUACCUUCUGACAUUAAUCUGGAAUUUGCUGAUCAUUGUCCUCAUAGUCACCGACUCUCACCUCCGUGUUCCUAUGUAUUUCUUCCUCGGGAACCUGGCUGGUUUGGACCUCUGUUAUUCCUCAUUAACCGUCCCACGAAUAUUAUUUGACCUUCAAACGAAGACAAGGAAAAUUUCCAUAACAGCUUGUAUAACCCAAGUAUACUUUUUUCUAUUCUUUGCCUGUUGUGAUGUUUUUCUGUUGGCUGUCAUGUCCUAUGAUCGAUAUACCGCCAUUUGUCAGCCAUUACAUUACACACAGAUCAUGAGUUGGAAAGUAUGUGGUCAGUUGAUGUCCAUUGUGUGGUGUCUCAGCUUUACUUAUUCGUUAGUUCACACACUUUAUGCCUUCAAAUUAACAUUUUGUGGAUCAGACGUUAUAGAAAGUUUCUUCUGUGACCUUCCACCAUUGUUUCGGAUCUCCUGCAGUGACACCUUCAUCAAUGUUCUGCUCAUCUUUCUUUUGGGAGGCUUCCUUGCUGCUGGAUCUCUAAUACUGACCUUCCUGCCCUAUGUCUAUAUAAUCAAAACUGUUCUUAAAAUUCAAGCUAAGGGCAAUAGGAGUAAAGUUUUUUCCACUUGUACCUCUCACCUGACAGUGGUAUUUAUGUAUUAUGGAUCCUUUAUGUUUAAUUAUUUUGGCCCAAGUGCUCAUUAUAAUUUUCCUGGUGACAAAGCGGUGUCCGUCUUUUACACAGUGAUAGUUCCUCUCCUGAAUCCUCUCAUUUACAGUCUGAGGAACCAGGAUUUUAAAACAGCAUUUCAACGUGUUUUCAGGAAGAUCUUCCCACCAAAAUAGAGAUACAGAAAGAUGGUUGGCUCCUUCCCUGGUUUUGAAAGCGUAAUAAUAAGAGCAUUUAAUGACUCAGUUGCAAACUUUAGGGGUGAU